AUGCAUAUAUAUAAAGCUACAGUAUUGAUUUUUGCUGUUCAGACCAUUGCUACUGUCGUCGCAAGCAGUAUUGUCUUGCCAGAACCAAAACUUGUACUGAGUAAUGAUGACGACCACUAUAACGAAAAGCGCUGUGCAGACGUCGAUUGUUUAUACCGUAUCCGUAGCAAGGGCUCGCUUAACACCAAAGACUUCACAUUGUACUUGGAGAACAGUCAGGGUGUACCAAUUUCGAUAUUUCAUGAUCUUCCUCUUCAACCGAUGACAAGAAGCGAUCCUGAUAUCUUCAACAUGGUGGUCGAAAUCCCUCGUUGGAGCUUUGGGAAAUGGGAGACCAACAAAGAAACUGUCAUGAAUCCAAUCAAACAAGAUUGUGAAAAGAAUGGAACUCUUCGCUUUUUGCCCAACCUGUUUCCGAUACGAGGUUAUCCAGUAAACUAUGGAGCUUUCAUGCAAACCUUUGAAGAUCCACACUACAUAACACCUGAAACGGGUACUAAGGGUGAUAAUGAUCCUAUUGAUGUUGUCGAACUCAGUGAGACACCCGGCUACAUUGGCCAAGUCAAGCAAGUCAAAAUCCUGGGUGGAUUAUGCCUUAUUGAUCAGCAUGCCACCGAUUGGAAAGUGGUUACCAUCGAUAUUAAAGAUCCCAUGGCACAGAAUAUAGAUAAUAUGGAUGAUGUAGAGCAGUAUUACCCAGGUCUACAAGAUGUAAUCAGAAACUGGUAUAGAGAUUAUAAAGUUCCUUCCACGGGGCACCAAAACACAUUUGGUUUUGCUGACAGGUAUCUGGACAAGGAGUACAUGACAAGCGUCAUUUAUGAAACACAUGGCCUUUGGCGUGCACUGAUUAAUGGAAAAACAGACAGAAACGUUAUUCAAACUGCAACAUUAACGAACAAAAAUUCCCCGUACAAAGUGAAUGCGAAUAGCCCCGAAGUUCGGUCCGUGCCAAAGAACGAUCCUCAACCAUCGACGCCACCACCUGAAAAAUACCAACGAUGGUCUUUUGUACCAUCUUCGAAAGACCAAUCAUAG